AUGACCGCUCCUGUCUUUUAUUUGCAGUAUUCAGGAGAAGUUCCUGAGAACAGAGUGGAGGUUGUGGUGGCAAAUCUGACGGUGAUGGACCGGGACCAGCCUCACUCCCCCAACUGGAAUGCCAUUUACCGCAUUAUCAGCGGAGACCCCUCUGGCCAUUUCACCAUCCGGACAGACCCCGUCACCAACGAAGGGAUGGUAACCGUUGUGAAGGCAGUCGAUUAUGAGAUGAACAGAGCUUUCAUGCUGACAGUGAUGGUAUCAAACCAAGCUCCCCUGGCCAGUGGCAUCCAGAUGUCCUUCCAGUCGACAGCAGGAGUCACCAUUUCAGUAACAGAUGUCAACGAAGCACCGUAUUUCCCAACGAAUCACAAGUUAAUCAGGUUGGAGGAAGGAGUGCCUAUGGGGACAGUCCUGACAACGUUUUCAGCGGUGGAUCCUGAUCGCUUCAUGCAGCAGGCAGUAAGAUACUCCAAGCUGUCAGAUCCUGCAAACUGGCUGAACAUUAAUGCCACAAAUGGUCAGAUCACUACUGCUGCUGUCCUUGAUCGAGAGUCAGACUACAUUAAGAAUAAUGUCUACGAGGCCACAUUCUUGGCGGCUGACAACGGUAUACCCCCCGCGAGCGGCACUGGCACUCUGCAGAUCUACCUAAUCGACAUCAACGAUAAUGCUCCUGAGCUCCUGCCAAAGGAGGCACAGAUCUGUGAAAAGCCAAACCUGAAUGUCAUCAACAUAACAGCCGCAGAUGCUGACAUCGAUCCAAACGUUGGGCCCUUUGUCUUCGAGCUGCCAAGUGUGCCAUCUGCGGUGAGGAAGAACUGGACCAUAACACGGCUGAAUGGAGAUUACGCCCAGCUUAGUUUACGAAUCAUGUACCUGGAAGCGGGAGUGUAUGAUGUGCCAAUCAUCGUGACAGACUCAGGAAACCCCCCCUUGUACAACACAUCCGUCAUCAAAGUGAAGGUGUGCCCGUGUGACGAGAACGGUGACUGCACCACCGUCGGGGCGGUGGCUGCAGCGGGGCUGGGCACGGGUGCCAUCAUCGCCAUCUUGAUCUGCAUCAUUAUUUUACUAACCAUGGUUCUGCUGUUCGUGGUGUGGAUGAAGCGCCGGGAGAAGGAGCGCCACACCAAGCAGCUCCUGAUCGACCCCGAGGACGACGUCAGGGACAAUAUUCUGAAGUACGAUGAAGAGGGAGGUGGAGAGGAAGACCAGGAUUACGAUUUAAGCCAGCUCCAGCAGCCAGAGACCGUGGAUCACGUGCUGAACAAGACACCUGGAGUCAGAAGGGUGGAUGAAAGACCUAUUGGUGCUGAACCACAGUAUCCUAUAAGACCUGUAAUCCCACAUCCAGGGGAUAUUGGUGACUUUAUUAAUGAGGGCCUGCGUGCGGCGGACAACGACCCCACGGCCCCCCCCUACUCCGGGGACCAGGACUACGACUACCUUAACGACUGGGGGCCCAGGUUCAAGAAACUGGCGGACAUGUACGGGGGAGGCGAGGAAGAUUAA